AUGCUCGGUGAAUGUGACAGCAUUGACACACUCAUCACGGGCGACAGUCUUGGCAUGCUCAGUGCAGGUGACAGGGUCGGUGCGCUCACCAUGGGUGACAGUGGCGACAGUGGCAGGGCCCUCAGCGUGGGUGACAAUGACGGUGUGCUCAGCACGAGCGGAAGUGAUGGUGCAGGCGACAGCCUUGGCACUGGAGACAGUGACGGCUCAGGAGACAGCGAUGGCUCUGAAGACAGUGACGGCACUGGAGACAGCGAUGGCUCCGGAGACAGCGAUGGCUCUGGAGACAGAGACGGCACUGGAGACAGCGACGGCUCUGGAGACAGCGAUGGCUCUGUAGACAGCGACGGCACUGGAGACAGCGACGGCUCUGGAGACAGCGAUGGCUCUGUAGACAGCGACGGCACUGGAGACAGCGACGGCUCUGGAGACAGCGAUGGCUCUGGAGACAGCGAUGGCACUGGAGACAGCGACGGCUCUGGAGACAGUGACGACUCAGGAGACAGCGAUGGCACCGGAGACAGCGAUGGCUCUGGAGACAGCGAUGGCACUGGAGAAAGCUUUGUCACACUUGGCAAGGGUGAUAACAUUGACGAGGAUGACAGCAUCAGUGUGCUCGGCACGGGUGAUUGCGUUGGCGUGCUCAGUGCGGGUGACUCUGUUGGCGUGCUUGGUGUGGACAACUCUAUUGACAUGCUCGGUGCGGGCAACUCCGUCGGCAUGCUCGGCGCUGGCGACUCUGUUGGCAUGCUUGGCGCGGGCGACUCUGUUGGCAUGCUCGGUGGGGGCGACUCUGUUAGCAUGCUCGGUGUGGACAGCUCUAUUGGCAUGCUCGGUGCGGGCAACUCCGUCAGCAUGCUUGGCGCUGGCGACUCUGUUGGCAUAUUUGGCGCAGGCGACUCUGUUGGCAUGCUCGGUGGGGGCGACUCUGUUAGCGUGCUCGGUGUGGACAGCUCUAUUGGCAUGCUCAGUGCGGGCAACUCCGUCGGUACGCUCGGCGCUGGCAACUCUGUUGGCAUGGUCGGCACAGGAAACUCUGUUGGCAUGCUCGGCACGGGCGACUCCGUUUGCAUGCUCAGUGGGGGCAACUCAGUAGGCAUGCUUGGAGCGGGCGACUGUGCUGGCGAGUGCGGUGCAUGCGACUGCGGUGGAGCACUUGGCACGCGUGACUCCGUUGGCAUGCUCAGCAGGGGCAACUCAGGAGGCAUGCUUGGAGCGGGUGACUGUGCUGGCGAGUGUGGUGCAAGCGACUGUGGUGGAGCACUUGGCACGGGUGACUCCGUUGGCAUGCUCAGUGGGGGCAACUCAGUAGGCAUGCUUGGAGCGGGUGACUGUGCUGGCGAGUGCGGUGCAAGCGACUGCGGUAGAGCACUUGGCACGGGUGACUGCAUUGGCGUGGGUGACUGCAUUGGCACACUCGGCACAGAUGACAUUUUUAGCACAUAG